ACUGGGGAGAGGCCAUUCACCUGCUCAGACUGUGGGAAAGGAUUCACUCAGUCAUCCCACCUACAAGCACAUCAGCGAGUUCACACUGGGGAGAGGCCAUUCACCUGCUCAGACUGUGGGAAAGGAUUCACUCAGUCAUCCCACCUACAAGCACAUCAGCGAGUUCACACUGGGGAGAGGCCAUUCACCUGCUCGGACUGUGGGAAUGGAUUCACUCAGUCAUCCCACCUACAAGCACAUCAGCGAGUUCACACUGGAGAGAGGCCGUUCACCUGCUCAUUGUGUGGGAAGCGAUUCGCGUUGUCCUCUCACCUACUGAGACAUCAGUUAGUACACACUAGUGAGAGGCAGUUCACCUGCUCAGAAUGUGGGAAAAGAUUCACUUUGUCAUCUCAACUUAAGGUACAUCAGCGAGUUCACACUGGGGAGAGGCCAUUCACCUGCUCAGACUAUGGAAAAGGAUUCACUCAGUCAUCCCACCUGCGAGCACACUACUCAGUUCACACCGGGGAGACUCUAGACACCUGCUCGGACUUUGGGAAGAGAUUCUCUCAGUCAAAUCAACCAAAUGUGCAUCAUUGAGUUCACACUGGAGAGACCGUUCACUGGAUGUGUGUCCAUCACCGUUGCUGAAUGCAAUUUCGAGACUGACUGUCGGUGCUGAACUCUGCAAUCAUUGCUGCUGCUCACCACACCCAGUUCUGCACCCUGGUCACUGGGCAUGGGAGGAGUUUCUUCUGCUGCACAUUCACCUUUAAUAGGACUGGAGUUUAAUAUUCUGCAUCUGUGACAAAUAAAUCAGUUCUAUUUUAAACUCUGUCUCUGGUACUUAGUGAAAUUAUAACACACGUAGUGCACAGUAGAGAGUCAACUCAGGCCGCCUGGACUUUGCUGAG